AUGCGCACUGAGCCAAAGCGUUAUGAAACAAAGUAGCGCAGCAGCGGCUCGAGGUGCAGACAGUCAGAGGGACCCAGCGCGCAAACACUUAUACCCCGGCACAGCUCCCCGCUCUGCCCGAAGACAUGCUCCCGUCCCUGGGCCUCACAUAGAUGUCACCUCCGGGGAGCCAGCACAAGAAUAAAAUGGCCCUAAAUUCCAUCCACUGGUUCCGGAAGGGCCUCCGUCUCCACGACAACCCAGCUCUGCGGGAGGCGGUCCAAGGGGCGUCCACGGUGCGGUGCGUUUACUUCCUGGACCCGUGGUUCGCGGGCUCGUCCAACGUCGGGGUCAACAGGUGGAGGUUUCUUCUCCAGUGUUUGGAGGAUCUGGACGCCAGCCUUCGCAAGCUCAACUCUCGCCUUUUCGUCAUCAGGGGCCAACCAGCCAACGUGUUCCCGCGGCUCUUUAAGGAGUGGAAGAUCUCCCGGCUGACCUUUGAAUACGACUCAGAGCCUUUUGGGAAGGAGAGAGACGCCGCCAUCAAGAAGCUGGCCAUGGAGGCGGGCGUGGAGGUCAUCGUCAAAAUAUCGCACACCCUGUAUGACCUUGACAAGAUCAUCGAGCUGAACGGCGGGCAGCCUCCGCUCACCUACAAGCGUUUCCAGACUCUGAUCAGCCGGCUGGAUCCUCCGGAGAUGCCUGUGGAGAUGCUGACGGACACGCUGAUGGGGCACUGCGUCACGCCCGUCCUUGAGGACCACGGGGACAAGUACGGCGUCCCCUCGCUGGAGGAGCUUGGCUUUGACACGGAGGGGCUGCCAUCAGCCGUGUGGCCAGGAGGAGAGACCGAGGCUCUUACCAGGAUAGAGCGCCACCUGGAGAGAAAGGCGUGGGUGGCGAAUUUCGAGCGUCCGAGGAUGAACGCCAACUCACUGCUGGCCAGCCCAACAGGCCUCAGCCCGUACCUGCGCUUCGGCUGCCUCUCCUGCCGCCUCUUCUACUUCAAGCUCACCGACCUGUACCGCAAGGUGAAGAAGAACAGCUCUCCUCCACUCUCGCUCUACGGACAGCUACUGUGGCGCGAGUUCUUCUACACCGCCGCCACCAACAACCCACGCUUCGACAAGAUGGAGGGAAACCCCAUCUGCGUCCGCAUUCCCUGGGACAAAAAUCCUGAGGCGCUCGCCAAGUGGGCUGAGGCAAAGACGGGCUUUCCCUGGAUCGAUGCCAUCAUGACUCAGCUGAGGCAGGAGGGGUGGAUUCAUCACUUGGCCCGACAUGCCGUGGCCUGCUUCCUCACCAGAGGAGACCUGUGGAUCAGCUGGGAGGAAGGAAUGAAGGUGUUUGAGGAGCUGCUGCUGGAUGCAGACUGGAGCGUGAAUGCGGGCAGCUGGAUGUGGCUGUCCUGCAGUUCAUUCUUCCAGCAGUUCUUCCACUGCUACUGCCCCGUGGGCUUCGGCCGGCGCACCGACCCCAACGGGGACUUCAUCAGACGAUACUUACCUGUCCUCCGAGGUUUUCCUGCUAAGUUCAUCUACGACCCGUGGAACGCUCCAGAGUCUGUGCAGGCGGCAGCCAAGUGCAUCAUUGGAGUCCAUUACCCGAAGCCCAUGGUGCACCAUGCAGAGGCGAGCCGGCUCAACAUCGAGAGGAUGAAGCAGAUCUACCAGCAGUUGAGCCGAUACAGAGGACUGGGUCUGCUGGCAUCAGUGCCGUCCACCCACGGGAACGGGAAUGGAGGAAUGAUGGCCUUUUCCCCUGGAGAGCAGCACCCAGGGACCAACAGUUCACACACGCCCGGAGUGUCGGGGAGCCCCGUUCCAACAGGAAAUGGCAGCGGAAGCAUCCUUCUCAACUUUGACAGCGAAGAACAGAUCGGCCCCAGCGGCGUUGGACAGCAGCAUCAGCGCCUGCAGCAGCAUGAUGCAGGAUACCACUCAGUGCCAGACACCAGCCAGAACACCAGCAGCCGACUCUACCACGAGUUUGCUGUGCCUCAGCACCCAGGACCCCUCCUGCACCCCCGGGGCGGCAUCACAGGGAAACGGGAGCGCGAGUCGGAGCGUGAGGGGUCGGGGGAAGAAGAGCCGGCGUCCUGCUCCGUGCACAAGAUGCAGCGACAGAGCGCAGAGGCAACCUAGAGCAGAUGGAGAAGAGACCGUGCGGAGUCCAUGGAGCCGGCAGAGAGAGGAACGCCCGACAUCACCGCCUGUCCUCCAAUCACAGCAGCUCCAGACAGGCGCCUCCUCCUCUUCCUACUUUUCCUCACACACAGAAAAUCCCAGGGAGCACACACAGAGGUGAAAAUGUGUCAGUUGGCUCGAAUCGGUUUACCUCUGACCUCAGAGGAAUGUGCAAAGAAACAAAUGACCUCAAACUUUAUUUCUAAUAAAAUAAAUAAACCAAUAAAAACUUUAUUGUCUUAAACGGCAGCCACCGCCACGCAGCUGCCAGGCUACGACGCGGAGCCUUCGUCACAGGCUUUGGAGAGUCUUCUUCUACUCAAACGGGUUUAAACAGGGAAACGCAGCUAAAGCUCCGCCCACGAGCCACGCCUCGAACAAAGAGGUCAUCCAGAGGAGCGCAGCUGUAACACGAGUGACCCGAAGCACCAAACGCAGCCUGCCAACUUCACUUCCUGUCUGUGUAAAUAAAGCCUUUUUUUAAUACUGGAGGUGCAGCGGGUUAAUAAACACGAAACCUCCUACUUAACGGCACUGCUUGUGAUUCCCCCUUUCACCACCUGGGGCAGCAUUUCACCAGCACGUGUCUUCACGCUGUAAAUGAGCGCGGCUCACCGCUCCAUACAUGCGCACGCACGCUACGCCGGGGCUUUGGAUGUGGAGUUUCUUCACAUCCUGGUGAUGCUCCAGUUAACUUUGAGCAUUUUUAAAGCAGUUUAGAAAAACAGGAUGUUACACGUACUACCUUUAUUUCCGACGCUGGCUUCGUGGGAACGUCUUCGACUGCCUGGUUUGUGCUCGCUCGUAUCGGCAGCUAACAUCGAAUGCAAGUGAAAUUUGGAUGCAUUAAAGUCACAAGUGUCAGAGGUCUCUAUAUAUUUAUAGCCGAGCCCGUUCCUGGUCUUUGAGUCGUGUUUACAGUGACGUUCUUAGAUUAGAGCCUUCGUGCCGUGGCGUCGUUUAGCCCUCUGUGUGACGCCGUCGUGCACGAGGAGGCGAAGCGUGGCUGAACACUCAGGUCCUGAUCUGAGACUUGUUCUGUUUCUGUUGUUGGACCAUCGUCCUCGCAGCUUUUCCCACAUUUUUACUGAGGUCGCUGCGCUUUAGCACUUGUGUUUGGUCCGACCUGGCCAGUCACAUUUUCACCUCUCUGUUCCCCUCACACACACCUCCUUCUGCAGAUGUGGUGGUUGAGCUAACGGCUGCGUUCAGGCUCCUCGCCAAGGCGUCACAUUUUUCUAAGAUUUCUUAUAAAAACCAAAAACCUGCUAAACAAAAAUGAAGGAAAAAAGACUAAAAACUAAGUUGAGUCAACGCGCUGAGACGGGCGACCCAAACGAGCCUCAUUCUGUCACAGACAACAUUCCUCACAUGGUUUCCUGCGGCGCUGCACGGAGGGACACGUGAAGCAUGCACGGCUGUUCGGGAUCAUUAAAACUGUAAAUCUGCCCAACAUCUGCUUCAUGGCCGACAAACAAACGGUCGCUGGCGUCCAGGGGGGUGGGGAUCCUCCACCCUCCACCAGCACCGCCAGUCCCACUCAGAGAAUGUAUUAUAAAAUCCACACAGCAGCAUCGGUGGCUGAUGUUAGCACCACCAGCUACACACACACACACACACACACACACACACACAC